UAAUCGGUCUGCGCAUGCGCAUUUCCACAAAGUAUCCAAAAUCAACGGGUAGCACGGAUAGUCUGGACACCGGCGGCGCUGUGAUAUUGAGAGGUCAUACAUGUCCAAAAAUCAUAUAAAUUAUCACAGAGUUUCUGCUUACUAGAGAAAAAUCAAGAUGUCUGGAGAGUUGUCCCUCAGCAUAAACAUUAAGGAGCCAAGAUGGGACCAAGCUACAUUCAUGGGACGUGCCAAACACUUCUUCAUGGUCACAGAUCCCAGGAAUGUGCUGCUGUCCCCAGAGACACUGGAGGAAGCCAGAGUUAUUGUGGAGAGCUACAGAGCUGGGACUGUAAAGCCUGGCUUGACAGAGGAUGAGCUCUGGAGAGCCAAGUACAUUUACGAUUCUGCCUUUCAUCCCGACACGGGGGAGAAGAUGUUUGUGAUUGGCCGGAUGUCUGCUCAGGUGCCGAUGAACAUGUCCAUCACAGGCUGCAUGCUCACCUUUUACAGGACCACUCCAGCUGUCGUCUUCUGGCAGUGGGUCAAUCAGUCCUUCAACGCCGUGGUCAAUUACACUAACCGCAGUGGAGAUGCUCCCAUCACCGUGAACCAGCUGGGCGCAGCCUACGUCAGUGCUACGACAGGAGCUGUAGUCACUGCCUUGGGACUCAAGUCUUUAGCUUCGCGUCUUCCUCCAAUUGUCAGCCGUUUUGUUCCCUUUGCUGCUGUUGCUGCUGCUAACUGCAUCAACAUCCCCUUUAUGAGGCAGAGGGAGUUAAAAUAUGGAAUCCCUGUGACGGAUGAGAAUGGAAACAGGUUAGGAGAGUCUGUCAGUGCUGCCCAACAGGCCAUUGUUCAGGUGGUGGUGUCAAGGAUUGGCAUGGCAGUGCCUGCAAUGGCCAUUCCUCCUGUUAUAAUGAAUGCUCUGGAGAAAAAAGCUUUCAUGAAGCGAUUCCCAGUCCUAAAUGCUCCCAUCCAAGUUGGGUUAGUCGGUCUGUGCCUGGUGUUUGCAACUCCUCUGUGCUGCGCCCUGUUCCCCCAGAAAAGCUCGAUGAGUGUGAGCAGGCUGGAAGCAGAUCUGCAGGAGAAAAUACGAGAGACGAGUCCUCACACCACCACCGUUUACUUCAAUAAGGGCCUGUAGGCACAGCCAGCACAGCACAGGAACACACACACACACACACACACACACACGUACGUACGUUAUGGGCACGAGGGAGGAAAAGACAAAUUUAAGAUGGUAUUCUUUGGUUGUGAGUCUUGCUGUUUGUUGUUUCUUCUACAUCUAACCACUUUGAGCCGCUCCAGGCCAAACAUUGAAGGUUUUGUUCAUUUAAAACAAAAAUCUAAAUGAAAACCAAUGACUUAUAUUUUUGUGCACAAGCCUCUAUGGAAGGAAAAUGUUUGAUUUGUUUUUAAUUUGAUGUGCUUCGGGUUGUUUUUGUCUUCCACUGGUUGCAACAGCAUCUAAUAAUUGAUCGCUGAUGCUUCGUGUUGUGGUCAGGCCGGCGUCCUGAUAAAUUAUUCCAGUUUCAAAUGAAGAUUGUGCUUGUAAGUCGUGUUUGUACUUCUGAAUGUAAAUCUUUUUGGUUUUUGGUCCUUUGCACUUUUUAAAACCUUUCCUUAGUCACGUUAUUAUUUUUGGAAACAUUCACACCACCUUAACAAGGUAAAACUGCUGCCUUCCUCACUUUUCACAAAAUUACCAUAAAAUUCAUGUGAAGUUUCUCCAUAUAGUCACUCUGCCUUUUGUUGACCUGUGUUGACCCUCAGCUCUCCUUUAAGUGUACUUAUGUCCCUCUGUAUUUUAUUUAGGCAAGGUAACGUGGUGCUAGUUACAUGUUGGAAUGACAAUAUUUAUAAAAUAUAUCAAGCUCAGCCAUGUGAGUGAAAUCUUGAGUGUAGUUUAUAUCUAAUGAGGACGUUUAGUGGCAGCUUGUUUUUAAAUCAGGCUUCUUGUUCUGUGGUUGAAUUAUCUGCUUGUUGCAAUGAGGAAGUGGAUAAAACAGAUAUUAUCUUAUCUAAACUUCCCCUCCUGCUAGUGUAGCUAGAUAGCGCUGUGCUGUUGUCAGUUUAAACUCAAAAUACCACAAGAGAUUGAUUUUAAUGUCAUGUUUGUUAUAGUAGGAGGUUUUUCCUGGACCUGUAUUAGAUGUAUAAUUAUACAAAUUAGUGGGUCUACUAGAUGGCCCCACGUUUGCACUAGAAUACAAAGUCAGCUGCUCGGUAACAGAACUAUUGAUCGGCGUGCUUCUUGUACUGAAGGUGGUCGGUUUAGAGAGGCUUUCCUCUUUUUGGAGCAAACUUAGAGGAAUUACCAGCUCUAGUUCAGCAUCUGUGCAAUGGGAUGUUUUACUUCUGCCUGUUUAAAAAAAUAUAUAAAUGUGCGAGUACAGUAAGAGCCAAACAGGCUGUGUUUUGUGACAUUUGUGUGACUACCCAUUUAAACUGAUGGUAGCGGCUGCUCUAUAAAUGUUUUUGACAUAAAUUGGUUUGUGUCAAUCUGAAAUGUUGUGUUUUCAUGUAAGAUUCAAAAGUCAUCAGAAUGUACGCAAAUAUUUAUAAUUUUCAGACAAGAAAAUCCUCCAGAUCUUUUCUCCAUUAUUACUCCUUUCUUAGUUUAAAUAACUGAUUCUUAUCAUCUUACGUUUGUGCAGCAGCUACCCUUUAACUCCACUACCUUUACAUGCUUGAAUAUCUAACCAUGCACUGCAGGCUUUGCUGCUUUUUCCAAUGUUUGACACUAAUCAGAAACAGAAUGCAGUGAUUGGUGAUUGUUUUGGUGAGCAUCGUGGCGCUGUUGCGUUUGGGGAUUUUCUUGUCUUUGCCGAGUGUGAAACUGGACUCUUACUAUGAGAACUGCCUGAUUUGUGUUGCUAAAACGAGCAUUUUAACAUUUUGAAUGUCUUUGUUUUAUUGUGUUGAAUGAAUUGUGGUGGUGAGGUUAAAUUAUUUCAUGGCCUGCCAUAUUUUAACAGGUCAGAACCAAGAAGAUGUCGACUUAUUUUUUGUGGAAGUGUCUAGAACAAACUGCAGUUGAUUUUAUGAACGUCGUCUCAGCUGGUGACUGUAAUUGUUGGUGCCACCAUAGAUCUAGCCAAAGAUAAGAUGGGUAGUAAAGCAGAAACCUGGAGUUUUCACUCUUUCAGGAAUGUGAUUUUUUUGAAAUCCAUAAAAGUCACAGUCUUACUCUAUACUGUGGUAUAAAGUAGGCAAUACGUUUUUUAAAAAGUUGCUGCUAAGCCCUCCCCAGUCCCAUAGAGCCUCAUACAAUUUGAAUGAGCUGUGCUCAGCAUUAGCCGACAGUGUUAGUGCGCUGCUUAUGUACAGAUGUUAAUCACAGAGUGUGUUCGGGCGUCUGCGGCCAUGCCUAGACUGAUGCAAGGUUGGCGACCUUUCAUAUGGACCAUUAACUCUACAGUGGCAAGUUUGGUAAACAAAUGAGCUUAAAACCUUUUUCAUGCCAUAAAUACAUUGUGGAGAUAAAAAAUAAGUGGUUCUCUCGCAUGUCUAAAAACCUCAGCCAAUAACAUGUUUUGGACCGAAAGCAGCAUAAGCGUCUCAGGGAAGAUACAUGAGGGGAGGGGUGAGUGGUCCGUGACAGUGUUUGUGUUCAAAACCUAGCUUGUUCUGUAAAUUAGCCAAAGCAGCUUUAAGCCUUUAAAACAUAUUUAUAUUAAUACACAGCACAGUGAGAAUAAUGAUAAAACAAUAUUUUUCUGCUCUGUUGCCCAGCUAGCACAUUUGCAAACGAGAGGCUUUGCUUCAAGCUUCAUCACAGAAGUAGGGGGAGUGGCUUUAGGGUGCAAUACAUAUUUCUGCCUCUAGGUGGUGCCCUCAAAGAAAACUAGAUUUCUGCUUUAAGGAGUGGGUGUUUGUCUCCUAAGCCCAUUUUGUUUCAGCUUUAUUUUAUCGACCUUUAACAUGACUUAUUUGGCUAUUUUUGUUUUAUUCUACACAAAACAUUUGAAAUCGCAAAGGCAGGAAGGGAUGAGACUGACCAUGUUUUAGCUGUUAUCUACGUUUAUCAUCACAACUGAAAAACCCUGACUUUCACCUCUGUUGUGCAUGCUUUGAGACCGGAAGGCACAAAUGUAUAGACAAUCUUCUUGUCACACCCCAUGAAUGUUUUGGAUUAUUUGUGUUCAUUCGGGUAGACCCGUCAGUAUUGGUGCAGUGUUCUCGCCUCCUGUUUCUAUUGUUUUAAAUCCACUUUGAUGUAUUUUGCUGAGAGCAAUAAAAUCAAAUCUGAAACAA